GGAAGAGGCUUUAAUUGGGGAACCAAAGAGGUUAAUUGCUUCCUUGAACGCGACAGAGGAAAACUACAAAAUUGCUUGGGACUUAUUAGAAAAUCGUUAUAACAAUCGAAAAAUAAUUGUAAACUGCCAUUUAAGGGAAAUAAUGGAAAUCGUGCCCAUUUCAAAAGAAUCGCACUCCCAAUUACGAAAUCUUUUUGAUACCUUUUUAAAAAAUUAUCGUUCUCUUGAAUCAAUGGGAGAACACGUAAAAGAAUGGCAUACGAUUCUAAUUUACAUUUUAGUUGCCAAACUUGAUCAUACCAGUAAACGUGAAUGGGAGAUUUAUUGUAAAGAUAUCGUUUCUCCGACCAUUGAUGAUUUCAAUAAAUUUCUUUCGCAACGUUGUCAUAUUUUGGAAACUUUGAAUGUAAAAUCUUUAGUUUCAAACAGAACUCGCGAAUCAAAAACGUUUGUGGCUAUCUCGAACGCACAUGCAAGCGCACAACAUGGCGCACAAGUAUACACGCCACGGUGUCCUUAUUGUAAGGAGGCACAUUUCAUAUAUUUUUGCGAUAAAUUUAAGCAAUUAUCAAUCUCGGAUCGUUUUAGUCAAGCAAAUAAGAUGCGCUUGUGCACCAAUUGUUUACGUUACGGCCAUCAAAGGCAAGAAUGCCGCUCAAGUGGUUGUAAAAUUUGUAAAUCGAAACACGCGACUUUGUUACAUCGUAGCAACACGACUGUCAAAUCUAGCUCAACGAAUCUCGCAUCAGAGUCACCCGACUCAAAUGAAAACACGGAAUUGGAAAAUACAUCGGUGGUCGCGAAUACUUGUCAAAAUAUAAAAAAAUCGUUUAUUUUAUUAUCGACUGCUAUAGUUAACGUACUUAGCAAAAAUCGUAAACCGAUACCGUGUAAAGUUCUCCUCGAUAGUGGAUCACAAUCCAAUUUUGUUACGACUAAUUUUCUAAAUAAAUUAGACAUAGAACCAACGAAGGUGAACGUACCUGUAAUGGGAAUUAAUCAAAUAAAAACUGAUAUCUCGGAACGUGUAGAAAUUGAAAUUUUGUCUCGACAAACCAGCUAUAGAACUAAGCUUACAUGUUUAGUUUUAUCCUCAAUCUCUGGCCUUACUCCACAAACAAACUUCGAUAGUUCCGCGCUAAAAAUUCCUUUGGAAUUCUCAAUGGCAGACCCAGAUUUUAAUAUCCCUUCAGAGAUCGACAUGCUUAUUGGUUGUGAAAUAUUUUUCGAUCUAAUUUGCUCAGAACAGGUUCGACUCGGUAAAAAUCUUCCCGUUUUACAAAAAACCUUACUGGGCUGGGUUAUAGCAGGGCCAAUACCCUUUCACAACAUAAAAUCUGACUGUCACAUUUCACAAUGUUUUCUUUCUGAGAGUCUCGAAAAAUUCUGGAAAAUAGAGGAAAUUAAUCCACUUCCCCAGGCCUCGCUUACUAAGGAAGAAAUCGAAUGCGAAAAUCACUUUACCAGACAUACGACACGCGAUAGAAGCGGUAAAUUCGUAGUAAAACUUCCUCUAAAAGAAAAUUUUAAAAACCUCGGUAGUUCCGAGGAAACUGCACUUAAUCGUUUAUAUGGCAUCGAAAGACGAUUAUCAAAAAAUCCCAAUCUCGAAAAACUUUAUAAAGAAUUUAUGCUUGAAUAUCAAAGUCUAGGCCAUAUGACUAAAAUACGAUUAUCCCUCGAAUACUCCUAUUUAUUAUAUCCCACAUCAUCCCGUUGA